AUGCAUAUACUUUUCCUUUCAGAAGGCUUAUGCAAUAUAUGAAAAUUUACAAGUUUGAAAUAUGAUUCACUUGAACAUGUCACUAACAAGAUUACCACUUCUACUUCUACUGCUAAUGAACCUUGUAAAUGGUCAGAACAAUUAUAACUCGUCCGAUGAAUGCCCCUUUCGUCUAUCUUGUUCGCGUAACAAGAAUCAAACUAUUGAGUUUCCAGCAAUUCCAGUUCCAGUAAAACUCGUCGUUACAGACAUUGAUUGUCAAUCUCAACAAUUAUACAUUUCUCACCCACAAAACUGUCUUUCUAGUAUCUUUUUAACGAACAAUUUUUCGUUAUUUUAUCCAUUCUAUAAUUCAGACUAUUUUUACGACGUUCCCUCUAACAGCGACAACGACUUUACUUUCUUUAAUUGCUCUUCAGUUGGACAACACCAUCUCAGAAACUGGGAACAAACAAGGCCCGGAGAGCAAGAUAUGUUAUCUUGUCCAAUUUAUGUCGCUGGUUCCGAUGAAAGUGUCAUUAAGUUGGACUUAUUUCCCUGCACCAGAAUGUUUGACAAAGUUUUGCCAAUGAAUUCAGCAUAUUAUAUAUGGGAAAACCAUCUCAGAUUGAAUUGGUCAGAAAAAACUUUUCCUAGUCAUUGUUUACAAUAUGAAACACACAAUAAAUUAUCAAAGAACACAUCCAUUAUUUUAGUAACAACAGGGGCAAUUGUUGGUUCAACUAUGCUGGUUGUUUUGAUUGGUGCUUUCUUUCGAGUAUACUUCUAUUUUAAAGCGAAAGGAGAAGAUGAAACGAGACUUGAAAACUUUUUGAAGGAUUACGAAGCGUCAAAGCCAACAAGAUUCUCUUAUGCUGAUAUCAAGAGAAUUACAGAUCAAUUCAAGGAAAAGGUAGGCGAAGGAGCUCAUGGAGCUGUAUAUAAAGGUAAAUUGUCGAGUCAAAUUGUCGUUGCUGUGAAGAUGCUUAAUAACGCAGAGGGAGAUGGGAGAGAGUUCAUAAAUGAAGUGGGAACUAUGGGGAAAAUCCACCAUGUUAAUGUUGUCCGGUUGCUUGGCUUCUGCGCUGAUGGAUUUCAUCGUGCUUUGGUUUAUGAUUUUUUCCCGAAUGGUUCAUUGCAAAAUUUCAUUUCUCCACCUGACAACAAGGAUGCUUUCCUUGGUUGGGACUUAUUGCAACAAAUUGCUCUAGGCAUUGCCAUUGGAAUUGAUUAUCUUCACCAAGGUUGUGAUCAUAGAAUUCUUCACUUUGAUAUCAAUCCACACAAUGUCUUGUUAGAUAACAAUUUCAUUCCGAAAAUAUCAGAUUUCGGUUUAGCUAAGUUGUGCUCAAAAAAUCAAAAUACUGUAUCGAUGACUGCAGCUAGGGGAACAUUAGGAUACAUGGCGCCUGAGGUUUUUUCUAGAAACUUCGGGAAUGUUUCUUAUAAGUCUGAUAUAUACAGUUACGGUAUGUUACUGCUGGAGAUAGUUGGAGGAAGAAAGAAUACUAAAACAGUCAUUAAUGAUGAAGAAAAUUUCGAUGUUUUGUAUCCCGAUUGGAUCCACGGUUUACUUGAUGGGGGAGACAUUCAUAUCCCAAUUGAUGAAGAGGGAGAAUUCAAAAUUGCAAAGAAACUAGCAAUUGUAGGACUUUGGUGCAUUCAGUGGCACUCCAUGCAUCGCCCGUCCAUGAAAACUGUUGUGCAGAUGCUACAAGGAGAAGGAGAGAAGUUAAGCGUUCCGAGCAAUCCUUUCAACGCUUCAUAUUCAACGAAUAUAACUGCUAAUACUGGGACAAGAUGUCUGAAUUUAGAACUAGAUGUGAUUCAAGAAUUAGACUACAGCAACAUCACUUUCUUUAACUGCUCUUCGGUUCGACAACACCAUCUCAAAAGCACGGACCAAACAUACCCCAUUGCACAAGACAUGUUGUCUUGUCCAAUUUAUGUCGCAGAUUCCACAGAAAGUGUCGUCGACUUGGACUUGUUACGCUGCACAAGAAUGUUUGUUAAAGUUUUGCCAACAGAAGCUUCUGAUAUAAGGCAAAACAUGGUCAGAUUGUAUUGGUCGGAAACAAAUUUUCAGAGUCAAUGUUUAGUGCUACACAACAGAUCAAAGAAGAACCACACAUUCAUCAUUUUAGAAACAAUAGGGGUAAUCAUUGGUUCAACUAUGCUGAUUGUUUUGAUUGGGGAAGAUCAAACGAGACUUGAAAACUUUUUGAAGGAUUAUGAAGCUUCAAAGCCAACUAGAUUCUCUUAUGCCGAUAUCAAGAGAAUUACAAACCAAUUCAAGGAAAAACUAGGUGAAGGAGCUCAUGGAGCUGUCUAUAAAGGUAAAUUAUCGAGUCAAAUUCUUGUUGCUGUGAAGAUGCUAAAUAAUACGGAUGGAGAUGGGAGAGAGUUCAUAAAUGAAGUGGGAACUAUGGGAAAAAUCCACCAUGUUAACGUUGUUCGAUUGCUUGGCUUUUGCGCUGAUGGAUUCUAUCGUGCUUUGGUUUAUGACUUUUUCCCAAAUGGUUCGCUGCAGAAUUUCAUUUCUCCACCAAAUAACAAAGAAGGUUUCCUUGGUUGGGACUUAUUGCAACAAAUUGCUCUAGAUAUUGCUAAUGGGAUCGAGUAUCUUCAUCAGGGCUGUGAUCAUAGAAUUCUUCACUUUGAUAUCAAUCCUCAUAAUGUCUUGUUAGAUGACAAUUUUAUUCCAAAAAUAUCAGACUUCGGUUUAGCUAAGUUGUGCUCCAAAACUCGAAGUAAUGUAUCGAUGACUGCAGCUAGGGGAACAUUAGGCUACAUGGCACCUGAAGUUUUUUCGAGAAACUUUGGAAAUGUCUCUUAUAAGUCUGAUAUAUACAGUUACGGUAUGUUGCUGCUGGAGAUGGUUGGAGGAAGAAAGAAUACUAAAACAACUACUGGUGAAGAAAAUUUCCAUGUUUUGUAUCCAGAUUGGAUUCACGGUUUACUUGAAGGGGGAGACAUUCAUAUCCCAAUUGACGAAGAUGGAGAUUUUAGAAUUGCAAAGAAACUAGCAAUUGUGGGACUUUGGUGUAUUCAGUGGCACUCUGUGCAUCGUCCGUCUAUGAAAACUGUGGUGCAGAUGCUACAUGGAGAGGUAGACAAGUUAAGAGUUCCCACCAAUCCUUUCAUUGCAUCCUCUUCAACUAAUAGAAGUGGAAAUACUGCUACAGGAUGUCUUAAGUUAGAACUAGAUGUGAUUCAAGAAUAA